CAAAUGUCUAAAAGUUGGGUGUUUUUAUAGGAGCCCAACGAGACUUCAUUGUCUGACCAUUUGAAUACCGAUCCCCUUGAUUGAAUAGAGAAGCAUAUAGGUGGUAGGAAGCUAAGGUGAAUAGGCCACAGCUUCGUUGAAUUGAAUUUUCUAUUCAUGGUAUAGUUUUCAUUAGCUUUUUUUUUGGAAGAGGGAAGCUGAAAGAUGGUGGUAGUGGAUGGUAGAGAGGAGGAAGUGCAGGAGCCAACAGGUUGUGAGGAGAGAAUUUUUGUUUCGGUUCGAUUGCGGCCUCUCAACGACAAGGAGAUUGAUAGGCAUGAUGUUUCUGACUGGGAAUGCAUCAGUGAUAACACUAUCAUAUACAGGAACGGCCUUUCGGUUUCCGAGAAAUCCAUGUACCCGACUUCCUAUACAUUUGACAGGGUUUUUAGCUCUAAAUGUCCCAAUAGGCGAGUGUAUGAAGAAGGAGCUAAGGAAAUUGCCCUUUCAGUUGUCAGGGGCAUAAACUCUACUAUUUUUGCUUACGGGCAAACGAGCAGCGGAAAAACUUAUACGAUGACUGGAAUUACGGAGUAUGCCAUGGCAGAUAUAUAUGAUUACAUACAGAGGCACAAGGAAAGAGAGUUUAUCUUGAAGUUCUCUGCUAUGGAGAUCUACAAUGAAUCAGUCAGGGACCUCCUUAGUUUAGAGGGUUCUCCCCUUCAGCUUCGAGAUGACCACGAAAGGGGAACGGUUGUCGUUAAACUCACAGAAGAAACUCUGCGGGACUGGAAUCACUUUAAGGAGCUUUUAUCUAUUUGUGAAGCUCAAAGACAAAUAGGGGAGACCUCUCUCAAUGAGACAAGCUCUAGAUCCCAUCAGAUUUUGAGAGUGACGGUCGAAAGUUCUGCACGAGAGUUUUUAGGCAAUGACAAAUCAAGCACCCUCGUGGCCUCAGUGAACUUUGUUGAUCUUGCAGGAAGCGAACGUGCAUCUCAGACAUCAUCAGCCUGUGCUAGGUUGAAAGAAGGUUGCCAUAUAAAUCGCAGUUUACUAACGCUUGGAACUGUUAUACGUAAGCUGAGCAAGGGAAAAAAUGGACACAUUCCUUACAGAGAUUCGAAGCUGACCCGGAUACUUCAGUCUUCCCUCGGAGGCAAUGCUAGAACUGCUAUAAUUUGUACCAUGAGUCCGGCACAGUCGCAUGUCGAACAAUCAAGAAACACCCUCUUAUUUGCAAGUUGUGCUAAAGAAGUGAUUACCAAUGGUCAAGUUAAUUUGGUGCUGUCUGAUAAAGCAUUAGUUAAGCAAAUGCAAAGAGAAAUGGCUAGAUUAGAGAAUGAGUUGAGAAUUGCAAGAACAAGGCCAACUUCCUCGAUUUCUGAUGCGUUGCUGCGAGAGAAAGACCUCGAAAUUGAAAAGCUAAAGAAAGAGGUAGCCAUUCUGAUUCAGCAAAGAGACCUUGCUUGGUCUGUGGUUGAGGGGAUACGACAAACGGCUAACAAUGAAAGUCCUGGAGCUGAAAAACUAGUGAAAGUAAGUUCAGAUUCUCAGUACCCCAAACUGCGAGUGCGAGAUAGAGAUUCACUGGACUCUGCAAAUUCAAUCAUUGUGAGACCGGUUUUGUCUGUUGGAGUUAGAUCCCGCUGUCCUUCAGAUAUACAAAGUUUCACCUCUGAAGAGAACUUCCUUCAGCUUCCCGACUUCAAAUUGACUAUACCACGUCCAAGUGCCUCCUCCCCGCAGCUGUCACCGAGAUUUUCUGUUUUUGUCGGAAGUACUCUUCGCCAGGAGGAGAAUAACUAUGAAAAUUCAGAGACACCGUGCAAGGAAGUUCGUUGCAUUGACCCGAAUUCGAGUAUGAACAGAUAUUUGGACUCAAGUUUUUCAGAGUCUCGCCCAAAGAUUCAUCACGAUGGCUCAUCCCCUGGGGAAAACACAACUAUUUCAGGAGUGAUAGAAGUUGACAAUGAAGAUAUAUCAAAGCAAGAAUCCAAGUCAUCUGAUUUAAAUAAAAAUAUGGUUUUUGAACCUCCUGAAAAAGCAUAUUUAUGUCAGCUGAAACAUGAACCCUAUGGCUGUAGAAGCUUGAGAUUUACUAGGAGUAGAAGUUGUAAAGCGAGUCUGAUGACUGUUUCUCAGUGGAUUGAGAAGGCAGAAGAGAAUGAUGGCACAUCUCCCGUGCAAAAUGCAAAAGAUUUCACUGAAAGACCAUACAAUUUCCACAGAAAAUCUUCUGCAUUGAAGUUUGAUCACCAGGGCGAGGCGGAGGAGUUUAUUAGAAAUGAAUCUCCAAAUUCUUCAACGAGUGCUACUGUUAAUGAGCUUAAUGCCGUGAAAUCACCACUUGAAUCUCAAAGUUCUUUUACAAGUGCCGCUGGUUGGAGUGUUAGAGUCCCAACCCCAGGGAAUCAGAUUAGUACCGAUUUCCAUACCUCAACAAGAGGAACUGAAGAAAUGUCUAGUAAUCACAAGUACGAUAACCAACAUGGUGAUUCACCGGUGACGAACGCAACACCAGAGACUUAUGGAAGCUCUUCAGCGUGGCCUUCAGAAUUUAAGAGGCUUCAAAAAGAGAUAAUUGAACUCUGGCGUGACUGCAAUGUGUCACUGGUCCAUAGGACUUACUUCUUCCUGCUAUUCAAGGGAGAUCCAAAAGAUUAUAUAUACAUGGAGGUGGAACAUAGGAGGCUGUCCUUCAUGAAGAACACGUUCACCGAUGGCCAUAAAAUGGUCGAAAACGGUCGAGUCCUUACUCGCGCUUCUAGUGAGAAGGCUCUACGUCGGGAGAGGCAAAAGUUGUGCCAGAGGAUAAGCAAGAAGCUCUCCAAGGUUGAAAUAGAGAAUCUCUUUCGUAAAUGGGGAAUUGAGUUGAACGCGAAACAAAGGAGGUUGAAGUUGGUUAACCUCUUGUGGAGUGACUGCAAUGACAUGGAACACAUUGCUGAGAGUGCUGCCAUUGUUGCAAAGCUGGCUGGUUUUGAAAAUCCAGAGAAGACGUUCAAGGAAAUGUUUGGUCUUAACUUUACACUGGGACAACACACACCCAUGAGACAUAAUACUUUGAAACGCAGUGUAUUGUCUAUGUUAUAGGUGUUAAUUAUAUAUAUACAUGAUAGUUGUUUGAUUUCAUCCACACAUAUUUCCUUUGUUUUUGA